CAGAAGAGUCCCGACCGAGUCCACAUACAUCAUUCGGCGUUUCUUACGCCACUGUUCGCAAAACUCACACAGGUAACCGCGAACCUUUCACACUUCACUCACACCUGGCAGCUCAUCUGAAGCUCAGCCCACAGGGCGUGGAGAACCGAGGAAUUGUUUUCGACGCCAGAUUCCCAGCAUCGCCCAUUACUUAUAAGGAUUUCCCCAAACAAAGUGCAUUGUCUGCCCGGCUUUUUGCAAGGAAUACCGUCUUUUCUACCAGUUCAAAUGGUCGGUUCGGAAGACGAACAAUGUAAAGCUUUUAUCGCGAUCGGUCUCGUGGGAUUUUGAUCUCGCAGUUUACGAAGAGAGAUCUUGAUCAGGCACCGCGAGUUUUUCUCUGAAAGAAGAAAGUCAUACAGGUUUGGAAUGACAAGAGUUGUGUCUGCGGCAGAACUCGAAAGGAUCUGAGGAAAACGAAGAGGCGGCGGAGGGCAGAGAGAGGUGGAAAAGUGAAAAGAUGGCGUGGAGGGCCUUGGCAGCAUUGUCCAUGCUGCUGUGUAUUGGCUCAUCUUGCUGCGAUGAUACUCCAGACCAGUUCACCUCUAAAACCAUCAUCAACAAUGUCGUUCAGGACCCUCACACCAGCCGAAUCUACCUGGGUGCCGUAAACGCCAUCUACCAGCUGAACUCUGACUUGAAGCUCGAGAGCACCGCCGUGACUGGACCUAAGAAGGACCACCCGCAGUGCACUCCCCCGAUUACCUCGCAGUGCGCUGACGCUAAGGAUACAGACAACAUUAACAAACUCUUGCUGGUCAACUCAGCCAAUGGCACCUUGGUCGUGUGCGGCAGCGUGUUCAGGGGCAUCUGCUCCUUGGUGAACCUCAACAGCGUGGAGAAGCCCGUGUACUACAGCGACACUAAAGGAGAAAAAACGUACGUGGCCAGCACUGAAGAGACUGUCGCUGUGGUUGGAGUUAUUUCUUAUUUCGUGGAAGCUCAUUCUAACCUCAGCGUGUUUUUGGUGGGGAAGGGCUACGGAGGCUCGGACAGCUCGAAGCUGGUCAGCACUCGGUUGCUGCAGGAGCACGGCGACAUGGACGUCUUCGAGAACAUGGUGGAGGCGUCCACCGUGCAGGCCAGCCCGUUCGCUCAGCGUUACGUCCAUGACUUCCGCCACGCUUUCAAGGAUAACGGCUACAUCUACUUCCUGUUCUCGCGCACCCCGGGCACCAGCGACAGCAGGAAGAUCACUUUCGUGGCACGCCUGUGUGAGAACGACCAUCAUUAUUACUCUUAUACCGAGCUUCAACUCAACUGCUCCAGCAACAGCCAGCGACAGGAGAAUACGUACAACAAGGUCCAGGCGGCGUACCUGGCCACACCCGGUGCGGAUAUGAAACUUUCGAAUCCGAACGAUAAGGUUCUGUUUGCGGUGUUCAGCGCGGAUGAGAACAACAGCCAGUCGGCGUUGUGCAUGUAUCCGCUCAGCAGCAUCAACGCGAGGCUUGAGGAAGUGAUCGAGUCGUGCUAUAUAGGAGAAGUUCUGGAGGAUGAGAAGCCGAAGACUGUUUACUCACCCUACAUCUCCAAAACAGAGGCCAUCUGUAACACCAAAAGAACUAAGGAGAUGGUGAAGGAUUAUAAAUGCGGAGCAGAGUUUCUACCCUCACCGCUAGCCAGUAAACCCGAGUACGCUCUGGCCGUGAAGCCAGUCUACACCAAAACAGACAUGCUUACAGCCGUAGCUGUGACGGUAGAGAACGAACACACAGUUGCCUACUUGGGAACCAGUGGAGGAGAUGUAUUACAAGUUCAUCUCGACCCCAACCAUACUGGCUUCUAUCACAGGAUUUCAGGCGAAUACACAGGUAGUGAGGUCAACAAGAACCUGUUUUUUGAUUCGAGUUCGGAUCAUCUGUACAUGACCGCCGGCACAAAGAUCACCAAAGUGCCAGUGCAGGCUUGUGAGCAAAAGAAAGACUGUCAAUCAUGUGUGUUCCAGCGUGACCCGUAUUGCGGCUGGUGUGUUUUGGAGGGCCGAUGCACCAGGAAGAAGGACUGCAGCAGAGGAGAGGAAAAGAACGCAUGGCUGUGGAGUCCGAAGCAGACGUGUGUGACCGUUCAAUCCUUUGAGCCCCCCAACAUCAGCUGCAAGAAGACAGAUAGAACACAGGUGAAGAUUGACGUGCCCUCCCUCCCUGCCAUCAGCAGUCCAGAUACAUUGAAGUGUGUUUUUGGUGAUUACGAAAGCCACGCCACCCUUACGGAAGACACUCAGGUCAUCUGUGCUCUCCCGACCUCUGACUACAUACCGCCCACACCUGAGACGCAAGAUUUUGUGGCAGUACCAGUGACGAUUAAGGUGAAUGAAGACAUUGAAGUGGCCUCCAGUACGUUUGAGUUCUACGACUGUGCAGCCGUGGUAAAGAAAGCACAGAAUACACCUUGCAUCGCUUGUGUAACCAGCAAGUGGGGCUGCCAAUGGAACAUUGAGGAACAUACAUGUAGUGAUAGAGAUGAUACUGUUGGGGGCUAUAUCAUUAAACCCAUGGAGGAUAACCGGUGUCCCCAGUUUGAGCUCCCAGACCCUCUGCUCAUUCCUGUUGGCAUCAAAACCCGCAUUGAAUUUCAGGGCAAAAAUAUGGAUGAAUACUCGGGCAAAACCUUUCAGAUCGGCACUGAGCUCAUGAAACAGGUGGGCGAUGUGACCGUUGAGGCCGACGGGUCAAAGUACAGUUUCGAAGGAUACGAGUUUGCUUAUGACAAAGAGCCAGAGGUGAACGUGACGUUCUACAUAAAGGAUAAAGUCUCUGAGAGGAAGAUUGACAGCACCCUUAGAGUGGUGCUGUACAACUGUUCGGUACGACGUGAGGACUGCAGUUUGUGUAAGAACGCCGACAAAAAGUAUGACUGCGUGUGGUGCGACACAACAAAAUCCUGCAUCUAUAAAGACCUGUGCAGCACGGAACUUGAGCAGUGUCCUCCCCCAAGGAUCACUGAUAUUGUCCCGCGGUACGGGCCAAUGGGUGGUCAGAUCUCGGUUACUAUAAAAGGAUCCAACUUGGGCAUCAAGCAGGAGGACAUUAAAAGAAUUACUGUGGCAGGAGUGCAAUGUAUUCAUCAACCUGAAAGAUAUUCUGUGUCUACCAGUGUUGUGUGUGAGAUCGGACCCUACCCAUCACCUCCUGGAGAUCUUCCUAGUGAACAAAGCUUUGCCGGGCAAGUGGAAGUAGAGGUUGAGGGCGGACGAACAGGAUGGUCGACCGAGAGGUUUACGUACAGGGACCCUGUUCCCAAGCAUGUGAGCCCCUCGAAAGGUCCCGAAGCUGGAGGAACCCUCAUCACCAUCACAGGAAACCAUCUGGACACGGCUAGUAAAGAUGACAUCAGCAUCACAGUCGGAGGAGAGCCUUGUGAAGUGGUGACAUUCGGCCAGGAGAUUACCUGUAAAACAGGUCUGUAUAAAGGACAAAAGAUUCCAUCCGACAAGUUGACCGUCAAUGUGAAGUACGGCAAGGUGACCAAUAAGGAAUUUCGCGGAUUUGAAUACUCUGCCAAUCCUAAAAUUUCGCAUUAUAUGCCACGGUCUAGUUUUGCUUGUGGAGGCCGUAAGAUCUUGGUGACGGGAUCAGGAUUUGAACAGGUGCAGAAAGCCACUAUGGUAGUGCUGCCCUCUGGUGACGAGACCGACGCAAAGUCUAGCAAUGUGGAGUUCGUCGAGGAGUUUAGCAGCAAGAACGAGACCGUGCUGGAGUUCCUGUCCCCGAUUGUAGUAAAGGGUUACGAGAACCAGCCCUUAAAAAUCUUCAUCAAGCUGGACAAUGUGGAGGCGCAUCUGGACUUUGUUUACCACCCUGACCCCAUUUUCGUUCCCCUGGUGGAUAAAGCCAUCACAGAAAACAGCAUCAUCAAUGUUAAUGGUCAAGGUUUUUCCAAAGCCAUGACUGCUCCGGAGGCCCAGGCGUUUGUGGGCGACGAACCCUGCGUUGUAACAAUCCUGGAAUAUGAUAAACUGUUCCUCGUGGCUCCCUCCAGUCCUCCUAAAUCCACCUCCAGGCGCCAUCGCAGAGACACCAGCUCAGAGGCCAUAGAGCUCCUGAUAAAGUUUGGAAAGGGAGAGUGGAACGUUGGUUCUGUGCGCUUUGAGAGGAAGUCUGAGGUUCCUCUUUAUAUCAUUAUUCCAGCUGUCAUCAUUCCCAUGGUGCUUUUCAUUGCCAUGUCAAUAUAUUGCUACAGGAGGAAAAGCCAACAGGCUGAAAGAGAGUAUAAGAAGAUAAAAGAUCAGCUGGCCAGUCUGGAGGAGAGUGUCCGUGAUCGCUGCAAAAAAGAAUUUACAGAUCUUAUGAUAGAGAUGGAGGACCACACCAGCGACCUAAAUGAAGCUAGAAUACCCUUCUUGGACUACAAGAACUACACAGACCGUGUUUUCUUCCUGCCCUCCAAAGAUGGAGCCAACGACGUCAUGAUCACCGGCAAGCUCAAUAUCCCAGAAUCCCGCAGGGCCAUUGUAGACCAGGCCCUCAACCAGUUCUCCAACCUCCUCAACAGCAAAACCUUCCUCAUCAAUUUCAUUCGCACCCUGGAGGGAAGGCAGGAGUUUAAUGCCAGAAAUAAGGUUUACUUUGCAUCGCUCUUGACGGUGGCUCUGCAUGGCAAGCUGGAGUACUACACGGACAUCAUGAGAACCCUCCUGCUGGAGCUCAUGGAGGAAUACGUUCACAGCAAGAACCCCAAACUCAUGCUUCGAAGGUCCGAGACAGUUGUGGAGAGGAUGUUGUGUAACUGGAUGUCCAUAUGUCUCUACCAGUUCCUGAAGAACUCAGCUGGUGAGUCGCUGUACAAGCUUUUUAAGGCCAUUAAACACCAGGUGGAAAAAGGGCCUGUGGAUGCCAAGAUGAAGAAAGCCAAGUACACUCUGAACGACACGGGACUCCUGGGGGAUGAUGUCGAAUACAGCGUCUUGACCCUGCAGGUGCUGGUUCACGGCGAGGGUCCCGACGUGACCCCUGUCAAAGUGCUGAACUGCGACACCAUCUCCCAAGUGAAAGAGAAGAUCAUUGAGCAAGUGUACAGGAACCUGCCGUACUCCCAGAGACCCACGGUGGACAGCGUCGCCUUGGAGUGGCGCCCCGGCUCCACAGGGCAGAUUCUGUCGGACAUGGAUUUGACAUCUCAGAAAGAGGGGAGAUGGAAACGCAUCAACACCCUGGCCCACUACAAUGUCAGAGACGGCGCCACGCUGGUCUUGUCCAGAGUUCUGCACACUCAGCAGUCUUUUGACCAGAACCAAGACAACCACGAAGAAAGAAAUGCUUUGCUGGAGGACGAUGAUAAGGUAUUUCAUCUGGUUAGACCCGCAGACGAACUGGAUGACAUCAAAUCUAAAAGAGGGAGUAUGAAAGACAAGGGGACCACUAAAGCCAUCACUGAGAUCUACCUGACCAGACUCCUCUCUAUGAAGGGCACGUUGCAGCAGUUUGUAGAUGAUUUCUUCCGCAGCGUGUUGUGUUAUGAAAACAUAGUUCCUCCUGCAGUGAAGUAUUUCUUUGACUUCCUGGACGAACAAGCGGAAAAACAUGACAACGUCGAUGAAGAAACCAUCCAUAUAUGGAAGACCAACAGUCUGCCUCUACGGUUCUGGGUGAACAUCUUGAAGAACCCUCACUUCAUCUUUGACGUCCACGUGACGGAGGUGGUGGACGCGUCGCUGUCCGUCAUCGCUCAGACCUUCAUGGACGCCUGCACCAAGACUGAGCACAAGCUGACCCGGGAAUCCCCGAGCAACAAGCUGCUUUAUGCAAAAGAAAUCUCCACCUAUAAGAAGAUGGUUGACGAUUAUUACAUAGGCAUCCGUCAGAUGGUUCCAGUCAGUGACCAGGAUAUGAACACACAUCUAGCAGAGGUUUCACGGUCUCACACCGAUAAGUUGAAUACCCAGGCUGCGUUGCACCAGCUUUACCAGUAUGCCAGCAAGUACUACGAUGGGAUAAUCUCGUCGCUGGAGGAAGACCCUGCCGCCCAGAGCAAACAGCUUACACUCAGACUCCAGCAGAUCGCCGCCGCAUUGGAGAAUAAAGUGACGGAUCUUUAGUGUCGGGCUUAACUGAGAAGAACAAUGUGCCACUAAACCCAGGACACGGCUCGCUUUAGUGGGCUAAAAAAUUGAGAACCCAUUCCACGGGACUCCCUUGCGUAGAGUAAAAGAGAAAAGCGAGAGGCUUAUGUCUGAUUUUUCUCUUCCCAGGUGGCUUUGGUUUGGUUUAUGUUUCAGAGGGAUCGAUAUAAACUCUAUGCUGUGAGGUUAUCUCUCUGAACUUUGAGUUGAGAAGAUUGAAAAUUUUGUUCUGGUACUCGGAUCAGCACCUGCACAUACGGAAAUCCAGCAUUUAUUUUUUUCUUGCUUUGUCAAUAAUCAGAUGUUCAGUAUAUUCUUCCUCUGUAGAUGAGAUGAAAUAGUAUUAUAUGUACAUAUAUUUUUACACAGAAAGCGAGGCUUUAAAACAGAUUAUCGUUCCUGUGGACUUUUUGGUUUCCUGUGUAUUUUAAGUGCCACUCAAUCCUGCGCGCGGUGAUGUCACAUCCUGUGACGUCACCGGCUCGCGGUUUAUCUGUGGUACAUUAUAGUCCGUAUAGGUGUUCGUGAUGCCGACGUCAACGCUUCUGUUAUGUCCCUCUCAAGUAUUUUGAUUGUAUUUUUAAUGGUGAUCGUGUAAAGUAAUUUAGCCACUAUGGAUGUCAUUGAACAAUCAUGGCCUCUGUUCUUGUUCAGUGUCCACAGAGUGCGAGCACAUUUGACCCACAACACUCAGAACAAAGACCACGCAAGCUUUCAUCUGCCUUUGAUUUAGUGUCUCGGGUCCUGAUGCGAGAGUCACGUUUUGAUAUCUUUUGUACCAUCUGUUCUUUUAUACGUGCACUUCAACACAUAGCUUGCCUUAUUUUAUGACACAAUUAUGAUUUUGUAUUAUAAAUCAAUUUAAGACUGAUUAAGGAGAAGUUUGUGUUGCGGAUGCCUUUUAAAAAAAAAAUGGACAUGUACAAGAAAAGGUACGAGAAGGUCUUUUGAAUGUGGUAACGUACUGUUUCGCCUUAACAGCAAUGGUUUGGACUGAGACUCAUAUGCCAUUUACAUUGAGAUAAUGUUAUCGGUUAAUUAUAAAUAUAAUUUUAUUAUACUGGUUCUAAUCUAACCUGUAAAACCUGGAGUUUGUGCAGUAAGUAUAAUGGACUCAGGUGUUUUUGGGUGGAGCUUACCAAAGCUGAAAGAGUUUUUUUCUUAGCUGUUCACAAUCAUCUAUUCUUCUAGCCUCUGUGUUUUAUAUAUGUUAAGUUGUUUAAUCAGCUUUACAUUAAAUGAAUUAUUUUAAUGUGUAAUUAAAAAAAGAUAUAAGGAUUUUUUAAAAUCUUUUUUUAUCUGUAAAUGGUACUGAUUUUCCUACCUGUAUGUUCUGACUCAAAUGUGCCAAACACUAAUAACAGAAUGGGAACAUGGAAUGUGUUUUUUGUUCGUGAACUUUAUAGUGUGCGUGUAUGACUCGUGUUGCGUAGCAAACGUACAGCCAAUCAGAGGCCGGCUCCGCCCAUUCUGAGCAUGAUGGACACAGCAGGAAAUGCCUUUAACGUGUAAAUAUAGCCAGACUGCCACGUUAAAAUUUUUUAUAUUGCUCUUUCGCGCUGUUGUCAGUUCCUCCUGUGUUGUCAAGCUAUGAUCGUGUCAGUGGCUUAUUGUAAAGCUUCUUUGCCUUUCUUUACCACGUAGUGCCUUAAAGGAAUCUGAGUAAUAAUGAUGAAUUGUGUGGUGAUUGUGUCUGCAUUAAAAAUUGCAAUAGGGACUUUAGUAAAUGUUUCAAUGUUUUUGUACAAUAUCACACUUGAAUUUCCCCCCCAAAAAGCAGAUAGUCUGAAAACAGUACAUACUUGCAGGGUUUUAUCAAAUGAAAAGAAGUUUGUUAUUCUAGACUGCUGUGUUGAUGCUGUAGAGAGCAUUUUAAUAUUUUGUUAUCUUAUUAAAUGUGACCCUGGACAACAAAACCAGUCUUAUGGGUCAAUUUUUCGAAAUUGAGAUUUUUACAUAAUCCGAAAGCUGAAUAAAUCAACUUUCUAUAGAUAUAUGAGUUGUUAGAAUAGGACAAUAUCUGGCUGAGAUACAACCGUUUAAAACUGAGGAAUCUGAGAGCGCAAAAAAAUCAAAAUAUUGAGAAAAUUGCCUUUGAAAUUGUUAAUCAGGGGCACUGUGGCAGACCAUCCACUCACAAAAAUAAAGUUUUUAUAUAUUUAAGGUAGGAAAUUUACAAAAUAUCUUCAUGGAACAUGAUCUUUACUUAAUAUCCUAAUGAUUUUUGGCAUAAAAGAAAAAUCGAUAAUUUUGACCCACACAAUGUAUUUUUGUCUUUUACAAAAAAUGUUCCCGUGCUACUUAAGACUGGUUUUGUGAUCCAGGGUCACAAAUAAUAAUUAUAUGAUAUCAUUUAACGUGAGAGAGAGUUCACCCGAAAAUAAAAAUCCUCAUCAUUUAUUCACUCUUAUGUGGCUCAAAACCUGUAUAUGACUCUUCUGUGGAACACAAAAGAAGAUAUUUAGAGAAAUGUUUAAGUGGUUUUGUGUCUAUUCAAUGGAAGUCAAUCGGGGUCAAUGUUGUUUGGUUAACAAGGUUCUUCAAAAUAUCUUCUUUUGUGUUCUGCAGAAGAAGCAAGGUCAUACAGAUUUAAAAUGAUGAAUAAAUUCAAAUUUUGGGGUGAACUGUCCCUUUAAGGAUUUAGCACCAGAGAUAGGCCUACCUUAAAUGCAAAUAUUGACUUUAUGGUAAAUUACUUUUUUCUAGUUUCUUUUCCUGGUGAAACCUAGUGAUAUUAGCUCUCAUAUUAUGUAGGUUGGAGAGAAUUUCCGCGGGACAAUGUCUGGACUUCCCGGACAGGGCAUAAUCCCAGACAAGAGAUGUUUUGAUUGAAAACAUCUUGCACUGUGACCUAUCUUAAAAUAUAUCAGUGCGAUUGUUUUGUCUCAAGAUGCACACCAGUAAUGUUUUUUAAAAAUGUAUGUCUUUAAAAACGACUUAAAUAUAUCAUUUAACUAAAGCCUAGUCCUUGUUUACGAUAAUCCCUGUCUGGGAAACUGCCCUUGUGCACAAGGCAUUGCUGUCACUUUUUAAAAUGUUGCAGAAUUGAAAGCAGCCAUAGUGACAUAAAUGACAUGAAUUAAUGUUUCUUAUUUGCAGGGACAUCAGAAGGGGACAACUGGGAAUGAUGUCCCCUGUGAUGAGGGGUCCGGACUAUUAUAGCCCACCCUUUUUUAAUGCAUGGCCAGGUGUGGUUUACAGGAAGAGAGUAGAGAGAAAUAAUUGUAAACAAUCAGUUAAACAAGGUGAAGGUGAAUUGUGCAACCCUGUUUCUCUGUCUGUUUUGCUUCUCCCUGCCCCACCCAUUCAUCUAUUUUUAAGUGGUGGACAUUGGUGCUUGUUUGGUACUGAUCGGUCCUGCCUGAAGCUGAUAGCUUUUGCGACAAAGAUCACUUCAUGUACCUUGUGUGAGUGUUUUCCUUAACUUACACGUGUUUGUUUCAAGGUGUGUCUCUCUCUAACCAAAGGACAACAAGUUAAAGGACAUGAGAUUAGAAUUAGAUUAAAUGCGCUGGAGCUGUUUGUUUGCUUUAUGGCUGUUUUUGCGCAUUCAGCUCGAGCAUGUCUGUCACUUGAACCUCUUUAUACAUUUCAUGUGAUUUAUUUUAUUUCUUUAUUAUUUUUCAGUGUAUUUGUACUAUGAGCUAUGUUACCCCACAAGCUGAUAAACACUACGUGAAUGUGCUGCCCUCUAUUGUCCAAAUGUUUUACUGCAGGCUUUCUAGCUGGGGUUAAAAAAGGACAAAUGUUCCAGAGAGAAAUAUUAAUGAUGUUCCUGUGAUAUUAGGAAGUGCUUAUGUGAUUGCAAACAACAAAGCACAUUCGUUUUAAAGCAAAGUAAUCUGGUUUCUCGUGACUCAGAAUAGCACUAACUGAGUUUAAGGUCUAAAUAAAAGAGCUGAAUGGCCUAAUGACUCUGCACCAUUAAAUGUUCUCAGGAAGUUUUACAUCUAAGUGGAGGCACAUGAUAUACAGUAAAAAUGGACAAUUGACUCAUUACCGGCGAAAUACAGAGAGAUGUGGAAACAAGUGUUUUGAGGUCGUUAUUUUCGGGUUAUUUCCUUUUGACAGCUCUCGCAAUGUUUUUGAAUGGCUUUACAUUACAGGAUAUCCAACGUUA